CUAAUGAGUUUGAGAUUGAUAAUGAGUUAGAUGAACUGUCAAAAAGUGAAAAUACACAAAUAUUAGAAAUUUAUAUUGAACUAAUAUUUGAAAUCUGGGAUCAUAUUAAAAAAUGGUUUGAUGCAUUUGCUCUUCAAGAAGGCUUUAGCUAUAGAACUAGAAGAAGUGAAUCAGAUAAGGCAUUAUUAGAUGACUUACAUUUGAAUGUUCUAAAUCUGGCAAAUAUAUUGCACAAGUUACCAUAG